GUAACACUUAUAAAUAUGAGUCUGCGCUUCAGAACAGCUCAAUACUGCCUUAACAUACAAAGCGACAUGUUUAAAUAUAUUCUAAUACUGUCGCUGAUCAGUGCAAUAUAUACUGAAGAUGUGGUCCACGUGACUGUAGUGACGAACAAGGGUCCUAUACAGGGCUACAAGAAUGACGGUUAUAAAACGUUCUUUGGAGUGCCGUACGCUAAAGUUGAUGAGGAGAAUCCUUUUGGGAAUAGCUUAGAAUACCCAACAUUCGAGACGCCAUUCCUAGCCUACGAUUCAUCCAUAAUAUGUCCUCAAGUAACCUCCAAAGUUGGGGGAAUACUACAAUGCCUCCGUCUCAACAUAUACGUCCCAGACACGGACGAUGACGACAGCCCACUGCCAAUAUUGGUCUGGUUCCAUGGAGGCGGGUUCGUGUUCGGGAGCGCCGGCGACUAUGGCGGCCAACAUUUGGUCAAACAUGGAAUCAUAGUCAUCACCGUCAAUUACCGUCUAGGGCCUUACGGAUUUCUCUGUUUGAAAGAGCCGGCCGUACCAGGAAACCAAGGUUUCAAAGACCAAGUGAUGGCGUUGAAGUGGAUCAAGGCACAUAUAGCUGCGUUUGGUGGAGACCCGAACAAAGUGACGAUCGCUGGAGAAAGCUAUGGCGGGGGGGCCGUGGAUCUACAUCUAUAUUCCAAAUACGAUGUGCUAUUCGACAAAGCGAUUGUAGAAAGCGGAUCAAUUUUCACUCCAGGCUUCUUCGUGAAGAGAGACACUAAGGCCGCUCUCAAACUUGCUAUAUACUUAGGACAUAAUGUUAACAGAACGAAAUCUGCUUUACAAUUAUUAGCCAAAGAAAACCCUCUCGUUGUGAUGUCCGCAGCUAGAAACCUAGGCCUGAAAUUAUCGGCGUGUAAAGAAAAACGCUUCAAAGGCGUUCGGAAUUUCGUGACCAAAUACCCUAACUGCUUGAACAACGCAGCUCGAAUCAAGAACACACCUAUACUGUUCGGUUAUAACAGCAAAGAAGACUUUGGUACCUUCGCGAGCAAGCCGAAACAAUUCUACGAUGAAUUAGGCAACAUAUUCUACAAUAACUUGAGGAAUAAUACUGAUAUUAAUGAUAUGGAGUUAGAAGUCGUAGCUAAUAUAACAAGGAAGUUCUAUUUGGGGAGUAAGGAUGUUGGACCAGACGCCAUGUUGGAACUGACUGACUAUCUGUCAGACUUCAAACUGAAUCACGCCGCAGAGACAUCAGUGAAUAUGUAUAUCAACCAAGGAGCGAAAGUUUACAAGUACUUGUUUUCGUACAUUGGUGGAAGUAUUUAUAGUAAUGUUACGGGGGUUGGGGCGAUGCAUACGGAGGAAUUGAAGUAUUUGUUCGAGGUACCGACGAAGCUGAAGACUGAAGAGCAAGUGAUGAUGCGGGAGAGGAUGACGAUGAUGUGGGCGGAGUUCGUUAAGACUGGGAACCCAACGCCAGAGAAGACAGACCUCCUGCCAGAGACAUGGGUACCAGCGAGAGGGCACGCGAGACCUUACCUGAACAUUGACGUGAACAUGACAAUGAGAGACGAUGUCUACAGAAAGAGGAUGGCCUUCUGGGAUCUCUUCUGGCAUAAGUUCGAAAAGAAGGUCAUGGUUUAUUAGUAUAGGUGUUGAUCGAUGACUGGCUAUGUGAUAAUGUUGAUUUGAAUUAUAUAGAAGUUUUUUUGCAA